CCGCCGUCCGCCGUCGAGCUCUCCCCUCUCUCUCUCUCGCUUCUGCGUCAGCCGCCAUCGUGCGCCGGAGGUUGAGGCUGCCGUCGUAGGUGCCUCUAUAGCACGGUUUCAUGGCCACCGCACCAACCGUGCCCCCGUUGGAGCUGUCCAAGCCAGUGCCAGGAGAAGCUCAAGAUGCUGAGGCAGGUGUACGUGGACAUAGAAACGACCGCCUUCCUUGCUGUGGGUUGGGCAUUGGCUGGGUUCUAUUCAUAGCCGGUUUCUUCGUUACCAUUCCCUGGUAUGUGGGAGCGGUUCUGCUCUGUUUUUACAGAGAGGAGAAGAGGGAGAAACCAGGAUUUAUUGCAUGCACAAUAGCGGCUGUCAUCCUUACAAUUCUCAUCAUCGUCGUGGCAAUUCUUGACGCUGUACUAGUUCAUGAUUGAUGUCACUUCUCGUUGUGUCGUUGUACAAGUGUACAUAGUGUACUUUUCAUGAAUGAACAACAUGUAUGAUAAGAACUAAGUCUUGUCAUACCUUACCUUGUGAGCUUGAGACCACAUUUCUUAGUGAAUGCUCAAACAAACUCAAAUUCGAAAACAAACGGUGUAAAUA